AUGAAAAACGGUGAUGUCAAGACAUAUCUUCAGGCCCACGACUCGAUAUCAACGAGCCUCAAAUUGAAGUGGGCAUACCAAGUUGCAGAGGCUGUCGACCUCUUGCACAGGAACGGGAUUAUCCAUUGCGAUAUCAAACCACGAAAUUUGCUGUUAGAUACGACUUUCGACAUCAAAAUUAUUGACUUCUCUGGCUCUUCACUAGAUGGUUCAAAACCGGCCUCUGGUGAAGGAACACGAGAUCAACCGACGGUUGCCACAGAUCUUUUUGCACUAGGGUCGACUCUAUACGAGAUUUUUCAAGGCACCAGCCCAUAUGAGGAGAUUCCUAGUGAUCAGGUUGAAAAACUUUUUACUCAGGAGUUCCCUGGUGUAUCUAAUAUAUACUAUGUGGACAAAUCAUCAAGCAAUGUUGGCUAUCUCAAGUUGAUUCAGCGGCGGAUGUGCAAACUGCCGUCCAGGCUAUUAUCUCUCGUAAAGUCAACAUAG